AUGGAAGAAAUUAAUACUCAGAAAAUAGAAGAUUCUCCUGCUCCCUCUAGAUGUUAUAUUUGGAAUCAUGAUAAGUGCUCAGUUGGAGUUCCCAUUGACAAUUAAAAAUAACCCGAGGAAGAUAUUGAAUUGCAAAUCAUUUUCACUAAAAUGAAUUCAACAAUUGAUGAAACUCCAUUUCACGAAACUAAAUGCUAAAAACAAAAAUAAGACUUGUCUUAUAAGGCGGAGUUCAAUAUGAAACACUUUGCUUAAUAUUAUAUGUAUCAGUUGUUAUUUUAUAUAUUUGGUCCGUUCACAUGCUUUUUUUUCUUUAAUAAACCAAUGCUCAUGUAUAAUUUAGGAUUUUGGUCUUGUAGAUAAGAUGUUGUAUUUCACUACUUACAAUGGGGAGGACAUAUUUUUUCACUUAUUAUGUACUUUUAUUUUGAACUAAUCUCAUCUUUAGAAAUGGGACUACUUUGGUUUUCUUUGUUAACUCGUUCAAUAGUAAUAGCAGCAAAAUUCUCUACUUUGAAUGAGGAUAGAAUUGAAUUAUACGAAUAAUCUCGGUUAUCAGAAAAAACUAUCAAAUUCGAUACAGUCUUAUUUGAUUGGGCAGCUUAAACAAAAAAGCUAAAGUAUUUAGAAAUUGCAAGAAGUGCCAAGAGACAUGAUUUCGAUACACAAUUUUUUUAUUUUGAUUUCAUCGUUGAGCCUAUGUAAGAAACUUAAAAUGCACUUGCUUAAGAACAGAAUAUGGAAAUUAAUGAAGUGAAGAAUGGAAAAUAUAGUGGAAUCAAUUUGAUUUCAUAUUUUAUUGAAUCUUUUUAAUAGUUGAACACCAGAAAAUACAUUGUUAUGACAUCACUAUUUAUAGGUAUAAUCAUAGUAGCAACUCCAAAGGCUAUUUAAUGUUACAACUACUUUUAUUCUCCAUUUGAAGUAUUUCUUAAUGUUAUUUGUGGUAUAUUUUAAACAAUCUAAUUUAACUGCAUUUUUAUGUAUUUAUUAAUUGCACUUGAUGAUAUGAAAAGAAAAAUAUUCCUUUUAGAUCAAGUGUUUUAUUUAAUCAGCACAAAAAGAGUCAAAUGUUGUGAAUUCAAAUUAGCUCCCACUAUUGAUAUUAAUUGUCCCAGAACUAUUGAAGCUUGGAGCAUGCUGAGAUCCAUUAUUUUUGAUUAUGGUGCUUCAUAUCACAUAAGAAAUUAAGUUUAUUUUACUAUUUUAAUACUAUUUUGCAUUGUCAGCAUAAUAUUUGUACUUCAGAUAAUUUUAGAUUAUUUUAUAAUUGAUUAUUACUAUCUGAUUACUUUAGGAAUUAUAUUCUUCAUCUAUCUAAUUUUCGUUUGUUCCUAUUUAAUGAGUGCAGCUAAAAUAAAUGAAUAUUUCGAAGAAUUUAAGACUCAAAUUGAAAAUUUAAAAUUUAUUUGCUAAGAUGUAAAAAGAAUGAAAAAGUAUUAUUUUGAAGAUUGCUUAUCAGAGCCAUAAAACUUUAUUCAUAAAUCCUUUGUUAAUCAUUUAAAAUAAUAGCAUGGAACAGACACACUAGUUAUUUAUUAGAGAAUAGAUAGCUUAAUAGAAUCUCUAGAAAAUGCGUAGAAACAUAUAGAAUAUGAUUGCAGAAACUACCCAUUAAAAUUAUAUGGGAUAAAAAUUAGUUUUGAGAUUCUUCAAAACUUUGUAGUAGGCUUAUUCACUGUCAUAAGUUUUGUGAUUUAACAGAGAUUUUCGACUUGA